AUGACUUGGGACUGUGAUUUACUGGCCUUGAAGGAUACGUUCCUCCGCUCCUGGGACGGAGACCAGCUCCUCAGCCACCCCUGGGGUGAGGGCCACCAUCUCCAGAGGGACACCAGCAGACCAGCUUCCUGGGCUGAGUACUAUGAGAGCAGCUACUCCAAAAGGCCGUACUCCAGGCAAGGAUAUGAAGACCCACACUGGCAGUAUCCAGCAGCCAGCUAUAGCUACACAUACCAAAGACCAUGGCAGCCCGUGGCCUGGCAGGAUGACAGAGACCUGAGACAGAGAGAGCCUUACAGCAGGAGUAUCAAUUACAAGGACCAGCACUACUACAGGGGUUACCACCCCAACCUGGCCACGACCCAUCUGGGGCACGACAGGACACAGACCUACAACUCCUAUGAGGAGAGAUACGUCUCAGCUGCCUGGCCCGAGCAGGCAGGAGGAGAAACCCUCAGCAGUGAUUUAGGGGAGGCUGGUGGCCAGUCCCAAGAGCCCCUGGGCCAGCCCAGCCUGCUCCAGCAGUACCGUGAGUCAGGGCUCAGCUCCAGCAGUUACGAGCUCAGCCAGUACAUCCACGACAGUGCCGACCACUAUGACCCUGUGCUUUCGGGGACCUGGAGCCUGGCAGAAGGGGGGCCUUUGGUAUCCACCCCAGCCCCAGUGGUACCCCACAAGUUCCCACUGCCACAUGUGGUAGUAUGCUUUGGAGCUGGAGGCCAGCUGGUGUUGGUGUGUCCUCAACACCCUGCUGAGGGUCAACAAGCCCAUGUUGAGCUACACAGCCUGGAGGUAAUCCUUCAUGACACGGAAGAGCUGGAGGAGCUACAGAGCUUCCCAGGGCCCCUGGCCAGGGAAGAUCUGCACAAGGUGGAUGUGAUGACAUUUUGCCAGCAGAAGAUAGCCACAAGCUGUGAUCUCUCAACACAGAGAGGCAGAGAUUCAGCUCUUCUCUGGAAACUCCUGGUCCUCCUCUGCCGGCAGAAUGGGUCCAUGGUGGGCUCAGACACAGCUGAGCUGCUGAUGCAAGACUGCAGGUGCCAGAAGUACAAGAGACAGAGCCCCGCGGCAAACCUGACUGGCCUAACGGAUGAGGAGUGGAUGUCACAUCAGCCAGGGACACUGGACCUCAUCACAGGGGAGGUCCCUCCUGUCGUGGAGACACAGGCACAGAUUGUAGAGAAGUUCACCAAACUCCUCUACUACGGGAGGAAGAAAGAUGCUCUGGUCUGGGCCAUGAGAAACCAUCUGUGGGGCCAUGCCCUCUUCCUCUCCAGCAAGAUGGACCCCCGGACCUACAGCUGGGUGCUCACUGGGUUCACCAGCACACUGGCCACCAAUGACCCCCUGCAGACCCUCUUCCAGCUCAUGUCGGGAAGGAUCCCUCAGGCUGCACUGUGCUGUGGGGAUGCUGCAUGGGGAGACUGGAGGCCCCACCUGGCUGCCAUGUUGUCCAACAAGGUGGGAGACAUGGACCUGAACCACAGAGCCGUCAUCACCAUGGGAGAUACUUUGGCUGGCAAGGGAGCAGUUGAAGCAGCUCACUUCUGCUACCUGAUGGCAGACGUUCCUUUCAGUUACUUCAGGGCGAAGGCAGACCGCAUGGCCCUGCUGGGCAGCAGCCACCGCCAGGCGUUUGCCCAGUUUGCCAGGACAGAGGCCAUACAGCGGACGGAAAUCUUAGAGUACUGCCAGCAGCUACAACAGCCUGAAUCAUUCCAGCUCCCCUUCCAGGUGUACAAGCUCCUCUACGCCUCUCGCUUGGCUGACUAUGGACUCCCAGCCCAGGCCCUGCAAUACUGUGAGCACAUAGCCACUGUGCUCCUGGGCCAGGAUCCAGCCACCCACCCUGUCCUGGCCCAGCAAGUGAUGAAGCUAGCUGAGCGGCUCAAGCUCUCGGACCCCCUGCUCCUGGAGAUGCCAGAGCAGAACCCAACGCUGGAGCCCGACUGGCUGGUACAGCUCCGAGCCUGCUGCCAGCAGUGGGAGGUGGAAGACAACCUCCCUCCAGAGGUGGCACCUGCUCAGCUGGAGCUGCCAUAAUCUGUUCUCAGGCUCAGACCCACGGGAUCUGGAGAUCCUGGCCAUGAGCUUACCCAGAGUGAGGGAUACCAGUGGUACCAGCCUAUGCUACACCAGGGAUCCAGCUCACACCAGGACGUGUCUCUCCAGCCACAGGCGCCCGCUCAGCUGGCUGCGUUGCCGCUGCCCAACGUUGGCCACGAGCCACAGCCCCCUGUGCUUAGACCAGGCACAGCCACCCCUCUGGAAGGGGUUUUUGCUGGGCCCCCUCCACAGGCAGUGCCAGGAGAAUGUGGGGAGCCCCAGAGUGCCCUGCUGUCCCCUGGGGAGGUGCAGCCAUCCCUCCCAGCAGAGCAGGAGGAGUUAAACGCGAGAGCUCGGACCAUCUCACAGAGCUCCACCAUCUCCUUGGAAGAUGACAGACGACCUUCCUCAGAGAGCACAGCUGAGGAUGCUGAUGAAGAGCUAUCAGCAGCAGAAGUGGUGAAGCCAAGUGAGGAUAAGAGCUCUGGAUUCAGGUGGUUUGGCUGGUUUCGGUCAAAGCCUACCAAGGAGACAUCUUCCAGAGAUACAUCUGAGACAGCUCCAGACUCAUCCAUGCUGGGACGGCAGAACAAGGCAUCACCCUCCCCACCUGAUGAUCCCCUCACAGCCAGGACAAGCCCUUCAGCUCAGUGUCCCUCCAGAAACCCAGGAGAAAUGCAAGGUGAAAACACAUUUCCUCUUACUCCAGCGUCGAUUGAGAUGAAACGCUCGUGUGACAUGGAUGGUGGACAGUCAGCUGGAGAGCAGAUUGGGUCCCAUGGAUCUCUCCCACCAGUGGGGACAGUCCCCCUCUUCAACCCUGUCCAAGUCUCUCAGCUUGCUGCCACCCCUCAACCAAACCAGCCGCGGCUGCUUUCCCAGCGCCGCUACCCCAACCUGCUCUGA